GUUGAGUGUCGAGCAACGCGAACGUCGAUGUUGUGAAUUUGGACAGCUAGUCACUCACUUGUCAGUGGAAUAAUAACUCGGAUUUCUACCCUUUAAUAAUUUUCUUAGACUUUCACUACUGAAGAUUCAAUUGAAAAUUUCAGCAAGGAGACUGCCUGUUUUAUUCUUUCCCACAUUUUGAAUCCAAGGACCAUUCUACCAAAGGACGGCAAACAUCUUGAAGAUUUCUUUUUUUACCCUGUGAGCACCUUGGUCUUUAUCAAAGUUUGCCAAAGAGCGACAGUCGCUCUCUGACCCUGCUCCAAAUUUUGCCGUAAACCAUCUGCCGCUACGUUCAGUAGCCAAAAACAAAUUUGCUGCUCCCAGAACUGUACUCUGAUUUGUACACAAUUCUAUAAUGCCCGGGUGGGACGAUGGGAACAGCCAAACUCUGACUUACUCGUCGCAGAAAGGCCACGAUUAUAGCUCGGACUACCCAAAUACCAUUCUGAAAUCAGUCAAAGAACAGGAAGCCCAGUUUGCCCAGCUUACCAGAGAAUUUGAGGCCGACAAGUUGAUUGCGGCCAACCAGAUUAACCGUAGCAGAGUCGACUCGGACACCGCUACUCUGAAUAGUAUCAGCGAGACAAACGAUUCGUUCUCCUGGCGGCGCUCUGCCGGCCAGACAGAGUCUCACAUGGACGAAGGCAGUAGCUUCGUGGUGGACGUGCCUUCCACUAAUCUGCUUGAUUCUUGUUUAAGAGAAUUAGGAGAGAGGAACGUCGAAGAUCCCAACAUGGAAUCACUACAGUAUUCAGAUCCAUAUGCCAGCCCAUACGGCAACACAACCAGAUCACUGUCACAUGACCCGUAUGGGGGCGGAGACUAUGCUCCUCAUCCGUACGAUGCAGGGUCACAAGGCUAUGACAGACAAUCGGAUUACGGAAGCCCGCAUCACUCCAACUACCAGGAAUACCCUCCUUCAGAGAGCGGGCAGGGGGGCUACGGGUACGCAGACCCCCCUCCCCCUUCUAAUGAUGAUUAUAAUGGAUAUAGCAGUGACACCAAACCAAGGGAUAGCUUUAGGGAGGUGGACCCGAGGGUGGUGGAGAUGGAGGAUCCCUACGGUACCAGGGAUAGAUUCGAUGGUGCUGGUGAUGAUGCGCCCUACCGUGCACCCUCCCCCAUCGGACCGGACCCUUACAGCUCACUGCCAAAGACAGAGGACCCAUACCAGUCGUCAUCAGGAUACAGGGAAUAUGCCCACACCCCUCCACCAGCAGUCAUCUCCCCAAUCCAACCCACCCCUCCCUCGGGGGUCGACGACUACGGUAACCCCUGGGACGAUUACCCCUUGACCUCUGACCCCGAGGUCGCCCCCAGCGACGCCGGCCAGGAAGCCUCGGGGGUCAACCCCCGCGAUAACUACGACCAUCCCCGCCCUGCGACCAGCCCGGGCCCAAAAGAGGACCCGUACGUGUCGUCACGGCAGCCUUAUGACGAUUAUGCCGACAACAGAGGUCAUGACCCUGACCUUAACGACAGGUCGCCGGCCGGUACACUUGAUAGGACGCCCUCACAUGAUCCGUUCAUACCCCCAGAAAAAGCGCAAUUCAUUUUCCGGCCUUCCAAAUACCUUUCGGGCCACUAUCAUCACCAUCUCCCUACCUAUCAAGAUCUAUUAUCAAGGAAGUCGUCUCGUUCAUCUUUGAGUACAUGUAGUUUUGGCGAUGGCAAAUGGAGGGCCCCUGACCUACAGGAAGUGAUUGAUUACCUGGGUCAUCCAAACCAGUCCAUUGUGGCACACGCAGCAGGCUACAUACAACAUCUCUCCUACCAGAACGAUGACAUCAAGAGAAAGACAAGGGAAAUGGGAGGUAUCCAACCUUUGGUCGGGUUGCUAGGCAACCCGGUACCCGAGAUCCACCGGACAGCGUGUGGCUCUUUGAGGAACCUUAGCUACGGUAAAAAACACGAAGAGAACAAAGUCAAGAUCAAAGCCAACGGUGGUAUACCGGCACUUGCCAGGCUGCUAAGAACAUCUUCAGAUACAGAGACCAAAGAUCUUGCUGCAGGAACAUUAUGGAAUCUAAGCUCUUCUGAGCCUUUGAAGAAGACUAUCUUGGAGGAUGCCCUGAGUGUCCUAGUGAACAAUGUAUUAAUCCCAGAGUCUGGAUGGAAGCCUAGCGGCAACAGUCCUUUCAAGCCGGCCGACGAACCAUGGACUAAAACUUUCAUCAAUGCUACAGGAUGUUUGAGGAAUGUGAGUUCAGGUGGGAUUGAAGCCAGGCAUCGGAUGAGAGAGUGCGAGGGUCUGGUAGACAGUCUACUCCAUGUACUCAGCUCGUCAAUGAGGAACAAUGACAUGGAUAGUCAAGUUGUGGAGAAUACCCUCUGUAUCCUGAGGAACCUGACGUUUCGUAUAGCGAACGAGGCCAACCACCCGGACGCCAUCCCCCUACGCAGCAACACAUCGUCAAACUUCCCUGACACCAUGCCCAAAUCACAACAGAAGAAGAGUCCACAGAGUGGUUCGUUGAUCUGUUUUGGUGGGAGUAAGAAGAAAGAUGCCCAGCUAGCUUCAAACGGAACGGCAGGUAAAACUGGCACCUGGAACCCGUCCCAACCGAUCCCUAACCUGAAGAAGGAUGUCAAAGGUGUGGAGAAGCUCUGGCAACCAAGUAUCAUCAACCCGUAUCUUAUUGUACUAUCAGAGUGCUCUAGACCAGCCUCCUUGGAAGCAGCAGCUGGAACGAUACAGAAUGUAACAGCUGGAGAGUGGCAGUGGGCAAUGUAUAUCCGUGCUGAGAUGAGGAAAGAGAAAGGUUUACCUAUCCUUGUUGAGCUUCUGAGGAUGAAGAAUGACCGUGUGAUGAUCGCCGUCGCCAAGGCUCUCCGCAACCUCGCUAUGGAUCCAAGAAAUAAAGAUCUCAUUGGCAAGUAUGGUAUGCAGGAUCUUGUAGAACGUCUCCCGAGCUCCACCAGCAGCAGACGAUCGGCCAAAGACAUUUCUCAUGAAGGCGUCGUCGCUGUCCUGAACACGAUGACGGAACUGGUUACGAAGAACCAAGAAAAUGCAAAAUCCUUGCGGGGUGCAUCAGGUAUUGAGCGUCUGGUCUCUCUCACCAAAACCAACGGUGCUUACCCAGCGUCAGUCAUCAAGGCUGCUUACCAGGUGCUACAUGCCAUGUGGGCUUACAAGGACCUACGUCCUCAGUACAAGAAGGACGGAUGGGAAGAGAAGUUCUUCCACGCCUCCAGCACCUUCACGACGCUCCCCAGGAAAACGACAGUAGAUGGGUCCCUGCCGCCGACGGCCAGCGAGAGCAAGAGCGAGCCGACGAGCAGGACGAACACUGUCCAGAGGCAUACAAGUAAAACCAACAGUUACGACAUCAGCCAGCCCACGAGACCCGCCCCGGAGCUAAGUGACACCCAUCGCAACGAGGCUCCUCCUGCUUUUGACGACCCAUACCCGAUGAAUACAGGGAAUCAACCAAUGUAUGACGAACGAUCCGUUGACAGGGACUUUGCUGCAGAGGAUGAUUUGAUGCAGCGUCUAGAACCCUAUGCUAGAGAAAGCAUAUCCACAUACAAUAGUCAAGACCGAUUAGCUGAUAACAUGAUACCUGGAGAGGAGAUACCCAUGCAACCACUCUCCUCAGAUUAUGCUGAUAAUCCUUACGCCAGCACAGGCCGGAAAUCUGCACCCAUCGGAGGAGUGUCUGUCUAUGGAAGGGCUCCAGAACCCCAAGUUGAGCAUUCAAACUAUGCCUCGGUGAACCAAUCGAUGAGCCACGACUCCUACGACCGCAGCAAAGAUUACGGUGAUUACAGUACUGCUCAGCACGUUCAGCUCCAGGCCCAGGAUGAACCGGCAGGUGACUCAUGGGUGUAAGACUGCACCCCUCCGCCGACCACACCCCUUUUCAUGUUUACCCCCAAUGGAGAUUGGUACUAUCUUUAUCUUUUAUACUUAAACAGCAGACUUAAUCAAGAUGUUGAUUACAGAUUAAGAAUUGUAUUACUGCUUAUCAUACCAAGCUCCUAGCCUAGGAUGAACCGGGAAGUAACUUGUGGGUGUAAGACUGCACCCCUCCACCAGCCACGCCCUUUUUAUGUUUACCCCACAUGGAUUGGCACUAUCUGCUUCAAUAGACUAUAUUGACAUGUUGAUUGCAGAUUAAGAAAAGUAUAAAUUGGAUUGCUGUUUGACAUCCCAAGCCCAAGAUAAACAGACAGGAGACCAACGGGUGUAAAAGUACACCCUCUACCGACCAAGCCCCCUUUUUUGUUUACCCCAUCAAGGAUUGGCACUUCCUACUUUAAUCGCAGACCUAUAUUGAGAUGUUGAUGACAGAAUAAGAAUAGUAUGAAUUGGAUUACUGCUUAACAUGACAAGCUCGAAACCCAAGAUAAACAGAAAUGGGUGUAAAAGUAUGCCUCUACAUUGACCAUGCCAUUUUUUUAUCCCAAGAUGAAUUGGUACUUUCUACUCGGGCAAAUUUCAGUCAGCUGCGGUUCAUGACUGAUGAUCAAUUUGGAAAGCAAGGAGGUCGAAUUUCAUCUAGCUCAAUGUAAUUUUAAAACUAAGAAUUGAUUAUACAUACUUGAAGUACAUUGAAACCUGUUUAUAGUGACCACCCAAGGGGAACACAAAAUGUUGCCUUUACACAUGCAGCCAGAUUACUGCUAUAGACAGGUUCUUAUACACACAAUCUGUCUCUUGGGAAUCAGUUUUAGUGGUUACCAUAGGCAGGUAGUCGCUAACACUAGUUUGACUGUACUUACAAAAUUGUAAGCUUAAAUUACCUGUAUUCAGUUUAUCAUUCGUGUAGAGUUUGACAUUUUGAGGAAAAUAAUUUGAUGAUUGAUAGUUUUCUGUACACUAAUAUAUCAAGAUGGACAUUUUUUCCUACCAUGAAUGUACAUAAUGUAUUCAGGAGUAGUUCCAGGAACUGUUCGGACUAGGAAUAAAUUUAAACAGCAAAUAUGUUUCAGGGGCCCGUUUCAUAAAGGACUCACAACUGUUGUAACUUUGCCAUUAUGGCAACUACCAUGGCAACUUUGA